AUGGAGCCGCAGGAGGGCAACGGGCCUGAUGGCUCGUCACUGAAGCCUGUCUCUUCUUUAAGAGCGCAAUUCGAGAACAUGGGCAAGACGACGACCAAGGCCGACACGUCAGCACCCCCACCAACUGUUCCGCCGCCUCGCCAUCGCUCCCCGUCACCUAAGCCCCCGCCGAUACCCAGCACAAGACCGGUCCGGAACACAACUGUCGUCGCCCUGCAAGACGAGGCACGGCCAAAGCCAAGAGAAGGACUCAGGCCGGCGGGGCUACACAUACCAGAAACAGGAGGAGACCUGGAUUCCGCAGUUCGAUCACCUCGAAUCGGAGUUGCUCCUCCCUUGAGUCCGAAGCCCGUCAAGCCGCCUUCUGUCCUCAUCGAGCCUCCGCAGUCACCGCCGAAGGGUUGGGUUACUAAUUUGACAGAAAACCAACACAACCAACUGAACCUCGAUCCCACCAAGGCUCCUCUUACGCCUACAGCUCCCUCGUCUCGGCCAUUUAAAAUCUCUAGUAGACCGCACACACCAGUCCUCGAGCCACGCCGAUCACCGAGACUUGCUGCAUCUUCACAACCCCCGUCGCCGCCUCCCCCACGACGCUCUGGGGAGCUGAGAAGAGAUCGCGAGCUCAAGGGACCAGCACCUGUAGUGCCCCCUCCUAUAAACCGUGCCGAAAAACCGAGCAAUCGACUGUCAUAUCUCGGUGACCAUGGGCGACUGGAUGUACAGAACCAGGUGGCUGAAAGGUCACCGUUCAACAGCCCCCCAACGAGUGCGAGUGACCCCGAACAGGAAGAGCCCCCAGAACUUCCGACCCGACCUGUAAGACCUGCCGCGGCCACCAAAGCGAUUGGAUCUUCCAGGACAAGCACGUUACCCGCGCCAUUCGAGCCGCCGCCCGUCCGCCAUUCGCUCAUUACCAAGAGGCCAGUUGCAGAUCUCAACGGGCAUGCGAGGGGUCCUCCUGUGCUGAAGGCGGCCCCUGAACCACCACCACCUCCUGUUCUACCAUCACGGCCACAUGUCGCGACUGAACCUCCACCGACCCGUACAACGGCAAACCCUCCGAUGCCGCCUCCGCCACGCCCGCCACGGAUCGGAAUAGUUACGGCAAAUGUAAACACAGAUGCCGCUUCGUCUAGCGCCCAGCCGAAGCGUGUCGUCUCUACUCCAACGCAACAGUUCGCGCCGCCCCCAGCGCGUGGUCAUGGACGAUCUAUGACAGUAGAUCGAACAUCUGACAGGACCCCUGCAGAAUUUCGAGAAACUCCGAGGAAGAUGUUUACAGUCGUGGACAGGACAGGGCGCGUUCCCGAAUCCCAGCCGUCGGGCCCGGCUGUGCUCUCGUCGCAGGUUAAUGCUGCGUAUCCGGAUGCAUCAAAUACGAAUCGCCGGCCACCAUUCAUAAAGAAGGGAGUUCACGAAAUUUACACGAAAUACGACACGAGGAUUUUUGAUGUAUGUGGACAAUACGUCUGCACUAGUGGGCAUCUUACUCGAGUCUGGAACCUACUGGACGGAGAGCUCUUGGUGAGUUUUGCGCAUGGCGAAGGGCUGAGAGCCACAGCCGUUGCAUUCAAGUGCGGCUUGGAUGUCCACGACGAGGGAUCGCGAUUAUGGAUCGGCGAUAACAGUGGUGAGCUCAUGGAAGCCGACAUUGCGACCCAGUCUGUUGUUGGCAACAAAUCGAACGCGCAUGGUCGAAACGAAGUCAUCAAGAUUUACAGGCAUUUGAACGAGAUGUGGACCUUGGACGAUGGUGGCACUUUGCAUGUAUGGGGAUCCGAUGCUGAAGGAUCGCCAAAUUUGAGCAACCCUCCUCAUCAAACGUAUAGACUACCCAGGACGCAUUCCUUCUCCAUGAUCGUCAACGACGAGCUGUGGCACGCAUCAGGAAAGGAAAUCCGUGUUUUUGCGCCAACGGUCAACGGCAGAGCCCAGGUCCAGGUGCUUGUGCGACCAAUGAUUGCUGAAGGGGCCGGUGAAAUAACGUCGGGAACCCAAGUCAAGUCACAACCUGGGAUAGUUUUCUUCGGCCAUAUCGAUGGCAAGGUCAGCAUGUGGGCUGAAAAGGAUUUCAGCUGUCUGGGCAUCCUCAACAUCAGCACGUACAAGAUCAACUCCCUCGCGGGUGUUGGAAAUCACAUGUGGGCAGCAUACAACACCGGCAAGAUAUGUGUCUACGACAUUGAAACGUCCCCGUGGGUUGUUAAGAAGGAGUGGCAGGCUCACGACAACCCAGCUCUCAAGCUGAUGACUGACCGUGCCAGCUUCUAUCGGCUUGAUCGGUUGCAAGUUAUUUCGUUAGGUGCGGACAACAUGCUGAGGUCAUGGGACGGCUUGUUGCAGGAUGACUUUCUCGAAAACGAGAUGAAGGCUCGCGACGCACAGUAUUCUGAGUUCGAGGAUAUAAAAGCUCUGGUCAUGACUUGGAACGCUGGAGCAUCGACUCCGAGUAGCCUCAGGCGUGAUGAACAAGAUGCAGCCUUCAUUCAGAACCUUCUUCAAACCAGCGACUGCCCCGAUAUCCUUAUUUUUGGCUUCCAAGAAUUGGUCGACCUCGAAGACAAGACUGCAACCGCUAAACGGUUGUUCAAGUCCAAGAAGAAGAAGGAUAAUGUCACAGCGCAGGAGCGAAUGAGCCAUCAAUACCGAGAUUGGAGGGAUUUCCUGGUUAGAAGUCUGGAUGACUAUUUCCCUGGGGAUUGUCUUUACCACCCUCUCCAUUCCUCGACCCUGGUUGGUCUCUUCACCUGCAUUUUCGUCAAAGCGAGUCUUCGUGACCGGAUCAGGAACCUGAGCAGUGCCGAGAUCAAACGUGGCAUGGGUGGAUUUCACGGCAACAAGGGUGCAAUCGUUGUCCGAUUUAUGGUGGACGACACGUCGUUGUGUCUCAUCAAUUGCCAUCUCGCAGCCGGACAGUCCAACGCCAACGCUCGACAUAAUGACAUUGCCGCGAUCAUGGACAGCACUAUAUUGCCUGUUGAAAAGGAUCCAAGUGUCCGCAUUGAUAGCUAUAUGGGGGGCGGUGAUGGUACAAUGAUUCUCGAUCAUGAGCUGUGCUUGCUCAACGGGGAUCUCAACUAUCGUAUUGACACCAUGUCUCGCGAUACCGUAGUCAGUGCCGUCAAGGUUAACAACCUGUCCAAGCUGCUGGAGCGGGAUCAACUCUUGGUGGCCCGACGCCGAAAUCCAGCGUUCAAGCUCCGGGCGUUCGAUGAGAUGCCCAUACAAUUCGCGCCUACGUACAAGUACGAUGUAGGGACGGACACCUACGACUCGAGCGAGAAGAAACGUUCUCCGGCUUGGUGCGAUCGCCUCCUCCACCGCGGCAACGGCAGAAUACAGCAGCUUGAUUACCGCCGGCACGAAGUCCGGGUCUCUGACCAUAGGCCCGUGACGGGGCGGUUCAAGUUUACAAUUAAACGUAUCUCGCCCAAGAAACGAGCAUUGACUUGGGCGGACUGCCAGCAGCGGUUCGAUAACUUGAAGGAGAGGGAGGCGAGCGAAGACAAGCUCGACUAUCUGAUGAAUGUAAUCGGUUACGACUCUGCGACGAGUAAGGGUCUGAUCCGCGAGAAGUCCGCAAGGAGACCGUCGAGGAGUCCCAGCCGGCGUUUGGAAUAG